GCCAUCUUGGAUCGGCCACCCAUUGUUCACGGCGGAGCUAGCAGCGGCGGCAAAUCACUUCAUACUGCGCAACAACAUCGCUGAUCGGUGUCUCCGGCAGCUGCCCGCGACAGUCGUGGAUUAGCUACCAGGCCUGCGACUCGGUCUCGGCCAGCAAAUUGGACAGAAUGGACGAUGAACAGCCCAAAACCCUGUAUGUCGGGAAUCUGUCCCGGGACGUGACAGAAGCUCUGAUCCUGGAGCUGUUUGGCCAAAUUGGACCCUGCAAGAGCUGUAAAAUGAUAGUAGAUACACAAGGCCACGAUCCAUACUGCUUUGUGGAGUUCUAUGAGCAUAGACAUGCCACUGCUACAAUCGCAGCCAUGAAUGGUCGGAAAAUCCUGGGCAAGGAGGUGAAAGUGAACUGGGCCACGACUCCGACCAGCCAGAAGAAGGACACAAGCAGUCACUUCCAUGUCUUUGUCGGAGACCUCAGUCCUGAAAUCACCACAGAUGACAUCAAAGCAGCGUUCGCUCCCUUUGGGAAAAUAUCCGACUGCCGGGUCGUGAAGGACCUGGCCACAGGCAAGUCCAAAGGCUACGGCUUUGUCUCGUUUUUCAACAAAUGGGACGCAGAGAAUGCCAUACAGCAGAUGGGAGGGCAGUGGCUCGGGGGCCGGCAGAUUAGAACCAACUGGGCCACAAGGAAGCCCGCCCCCAAAUCUGCCAGUGAAUCACCAAACACGAAGCAGUUGUCCUUUGAGGAGGUCUUGGGUCAGUCCAGUCCAAGCAACUGCACCGUCUACUGUGGAGGGGUCACAGUGGGUCUCACUGAGCAAAUCAUGAGACAGACCUUCGCGCCUUUCGGCCAAAUCAUGGAGAUCCGUGUUUUCCCAGACAAAGGCUACUCAUUUGUGAGGUUCAACUCACACGAGGCAGCGGCUCACGCCAUUGUGUCAGUCAACGGCACGUCCGUGGAAGGUUUCAUUGUCAAGUGUUACUGGGGCAAGGAGACGACGGACAUGGUCAGCCCCAUCCAGCAGGUACAGAUGCCACAGCAGAACACAGUGAGCUUUGCAGCCCAGCCGUACGCCCAGUGGGGUCAGUGGUACAACAACACACAACAGAUAGGCCAGUACGUGCCCAACGGAUGGCAGAUGCCUGGCUACGGUGUCUACGGGCAGACCUGGGACCAGCAGGGGUACAAUCAUCUACCUGCUGGUGCCGGCUGGACUGGUGUCGGCGCCGUGAGCAACGGCGGGAUGGUGGAACCGGGUCAGGGGGUCAAUGGGACAGUUCUUGCCAACCAGGCCGGGAUGGGCACGGCCGGAUACCACACCCACUGAUCGCCCACCGUGCACACGCCCCCCCCACCACCAUCACCUCCAAAGUUGCGAGGAUGACAUUCUGCUGUGGGGACGGAGCGCCACCUCGUGCUCCGGAUCCACACCACACACACAGACACCACAUACACACACACACACACACACACACACACACACACAGACACCACACACACAUAGACACACACAACUAUACUUAUGACACAGAAGCUGGUCGCCGUCAGACUCACCCACUGUCCAAACUGCCACCGCUGACGCAUUCCUGGACCCAUCUCUGUAUUUUUGUAACGCCCAAUCAAGUCAUGUUGCUAAAUUCAAACUUCAGGUUUUUGUUUCCCAGCCAAAGAGCCGGGGCAGAAUUGAGUACCACUGAAGUCCCUGACACGUCCCGCCCCUUUUCACCAUCCUACACUUACGAAGAAGUGAAGCGAGUUCUCAGGGUGUCGAGUCAUUCUGUGAAAUGUUGGAAUCACUGAGAAAAUGGAUGGAAAGUAGAAUCCAAGCAGCUUACACCACCAAACGUCACUGACUGAGCUCUGGAGCCUGAACCUCCACGUGUGUGAGUGUGCAUGGACCGAUGACACACACCUUCCUUGUAAACAAAAAAGGACUACGCCAUUUUUAAUUGUUUUUGCUACAGAAACGCCGAUGGUGUCAUUUCUUUUCCCUUUGUUCGUCAUGAGCAACUUCAAGAAUGCUGACAUUGUACAAAGAGCUUUCGCCUUUUUUCUUCUCUGAACUGUCGGUCACCGAAAUGUUGCGGUGAAGCUGAACAUUUUGUUUUCUUAUCUAAAAAAAAAAGUGGCUGUCGUUUUUUUUUUUUUUUUUUUUUUUCAAAAAUUAGAUUUCAAUAACUCAAACAAAAUUGCAGGGAUUACUGCCACUCUUAUCUUACUUACCGGCAGAAAAAUAUUGCACAAGUUGUUUUCGCAAAAAAAAGUAAAGAAAUACUGGUUUUUAUUUUAAGUUUAGUUUGCAUUCCACUUUCUUUUUUGUAAAACCAUUUAAUGUAAAUAACCAGUCUGCUCAAUUGUACCUGUAUAAAGACAACACGUCGUUUGAAGGGAGCACGGUCCGGUUCCGCCCUCAACGGCAGCGUCCCACUCCGGUCUGCGUGCAGCCGCUGCCGACACUCUGCAGUCAGAGCGACGAGUGAUUCAUCGUUUAAGUUAUUCUGUUUUAAACUUAAAUAAUGAUUGUUUUUAUAAAGAAACAACUUUUUUUUUGCACUGUGGCCGCCAUCAUUUUAAUAGUCAAGAAGGAAAUCCUCAUGUUGCCUUAUCUGUGAGUUUUUUUUUUUUUUUUUUAACCAAA